UUAUUUAGAACGUUUUUUCAAAAUUUAAAAAGCGUCGCCUACAUCCGGUAAAUUGAUUUUCGGCUUCCAAGUUGUCAGGUAAAAGAACAAUUUUUCGAUGUCAAAUAACAUAACAGUUUAAGAAUUUUCCCAAAAGAAAGACUAAACCACCGCUUUUGACUGCCGGUCAGAGUUCAAGGUCGGAUGAUCUAGAUGAUAUAUUGACAGACAAUAACCCGAUCUUAGAGGAAAUAUUCCAGGAAGAAGACAUGGCGCAAGAACGAUCAACGCUCACUAAAAAUAGGAAAAUAGAGAAGAGUUUCGAGGACUUGUUGACGGGUCUGUCCGAUGAAAAUGACGAUGAUAUUGAUGAUCUCGUUGAUUUCGACAAUCUACCAGAGAUGUGUUCUGAUGCCACCUUGAUAGCAAUAACAAAGACUAACAAGCCAUACACAAAUGCAGCUUCCAUGGACGAUUCUUUAAGGAUGUCUGAAUUUGAUACCCCUACUGAUUUUACAUCGUCAAAAACAAACGACUCCGAUGUCUUUAAUACGGAUGAUUUUUUCACUGGGAAGUCAAACGGAAAGGAAGAAUAUGUAGAAAAUGACAAACUAAUUGAUUUUGGCGGAAGUGAAGUUAUCAAAACAGAAAAGAGAGAUGAACUAUUUGAGUUUGACUCUCAUCGUGACGAUGUCAAGGAAGAAGAUAAAUUGAUAGAUUUCGAUAACCAAGAUGACAAUGAUAAUGAUAUAAGUGAUGAAAAAAUAGAUGAUGAAAACUCCAUGGGAUCAGAUGAAGUAGAAGAAGAUGAUGAUGAUGGUGACAAGUAUGAACCAAGUUUUGUUGAACAGAACAAUGAGAAAGUAGAUGUGAUGCUUACUGAUGAAACUGGUAACGCAGUCGAUAUAAUGGACCAGGAUACAGAGGAAGUUGUGAAUGGUUUGCAGAGAGAAGAAAGCAUUGAUUUAGAUGCCAUUGUCCAGGAUAAUACUCAUUUAGAUGUUGAUAUUGGUAAACAGAAGACUGUCCUGAGAAAGAAAGGAUCAUUAGCUAAGAGACGUAAACCUAGUAGAACUAGUGUACAUAGUAUGGGAGCUGCUGAUGAAAACAGUCGAUAUUCUGAUUCUACUGAGCCAAAGCCUGUUAUGCAGAAUGGUCAUACAGAUGAAGAUGUUUUCUCGCGGAACAGCAGUUCUUCAGUAGAUAGCGAUGCACAAUCUCCUCCCGCCAAAAAACCACUUCCUGGAAUGGUGGCCUUGCCUGGCAUGGGAAUGCCAAUGGGAUUGCCUAAGAGAAAGUCUAGAGGUUCUUCUCCAUCAGACAGCGACCUAACACCAGAUGAAGCCAAAAAAGAUUUCAGGAACAUUGGUGUUAAACUUCCAAUUCCCUCAUCUCGUGGGUCUAGCGAAUCAGACAAUCAUUCUAAUAUAACAAGUCCAAAACUUAGGAAAACUUCCGAUAAGGAAGCAAUGAAAUCUCCCGUAGAACCUACACACCAGUUUGAAAAACCAAAAUUGAAAGCAGUUUCACGACCAGUUAGAGAACAGGAGGAAAGUGAUGAUUCAAAAAUGUUUGAUAUGCCUGCUCUAAAACAAGUGGAAAAAUCACCAACAAAAAGUAGAGCUUUUGAACAAAAUGAUGAUAUGGAUACAAAACAUGUCUUUCAAACCCCAAAGUUACGAAAAGUUGAUGAUGCUCCGACAGAAAGUUUACGUUUUAUUCACGGUAAAACAGGAGAAGACGAUGAAACUGAAAGUAGAAUUUCAGACGAUUCUAGACAUAUUUUUCAAACUCCUACAUUAAAAAAGGUAGACAAUCCUCCCACAAAGACGUUACGAAACCUUCAUGGCAAUGAAUCAGAUAUGAAAUUAACUUUGGGGGAUCACAUGGGAGAGAGUAGUACAGAUGAUAUAGACAUUGGAAUGUAUUUUGAAAAGCCUCAGUUACGGAACGUUCCUAAACCAACAGAGACAUUGAGAAAUGUCUAUAAAGAAAAGCCUCAAAUUGAUGUGCCAGAAUUAAAAAAUGUGCCAAAAAUGGAAUUAGAAUUAAAAUCGCCAACAGAGAUUGACAACAAAUUCAAUGUGCCCCAGCUUAAAAGUGUUCAGAAAGAAAGGGAGACUGACAAUCAGGAAAAAGAAGAGGGGACUUUUCAGAUCCCUACUUUAAGGAGUACUCCUCUACCUAAAAGAAGAGAGCCACCUAAAAGUCCAGAAACAAAAACUUUUGAUGUGCCCAUGUUAAGACGCACCCCUCGGGUUAAAUCUGAAACAGACACUGUGGAAUCAGAAAAACCUCCAACUGGUAUAUUUGAAAAACCCAAAUUAAAAUCAGCUAGGUCGUUACAACAAGACAUGGAUGAUUCCACCAAUAAAGAUUCUCAUUCAAAGCAUCGGUUUGAUGUUCCUUCUCUACGCAAUACUCCCUCUAAAAAGGAAUCAAGUGUUCAAAGAUCAGAAAGUGUCAGAAGUGAUCAUGAAAAGCCAUCAUGGCUACAGGACACCAAACUAAAACCUACUAGAGGAGGAUCCAUUGAUUCCUCUGGGGAUAAAGAUUCAGACAAACCCAGCUGGUUAACAUCCGAUACAAGGAAAAGGCAUGAUUCUAAAGAAAAUAAGAAUGUCGAUAGUUUUGAUUUAUCAGAAAAUACUCAAAGGAAAUCUUCCAUACCUCUACAGGAGACCAAACCAGAGAAUGGUAUUAAUGGUCAUCACACGCCAUCACGGACAAGACUGACAUCAGCAAGCUCAGAACAUGAUGAUGAUGAAAUAAAAACUAAAAAGACCACAGGAAGAGACCAGUAUGUACCUAGUUGGCUGAAGACAACAGAUACCAAAGGAAAGUCUCCCUCAACACCCAAUCUGGCAUUUGUUACUCCUACUAAAGAUUCAUCGGAGGUCCCACAAUGGAAGAGAGAACUGGCAGAAAAACGUAGACGACAAAAAGAUGGCGAUGGUGCACCAACUCCAAUGAAAGCUGAGCCAGCAGGUGACAAAGAGUUACCUCCCUGGAAAGUAGAAUUAGGACAGAUGAAAAUGAGACAAACUCCUGCAAAAGUUUCAGCUCAUGAGACAAAGAAGAGUACAGAACCAGAAUGGAAGAAAGCAGCAGAUGAAAAAAGACAGAGAUUAAGAAGUAUAGGUGAUUCUUGUUAUGAUGACGAUUCUGGACUUUUAGCAUCAAGAACGACAACCAAGUGAUAAUUUAAUUCAUUAGUUCCUGCAAAGCAACGUUUAACAUUUCCUUGAUAAGGGCCACAUGUAUCUAUAAAAUAUCAUACAUUUAGAUGUCAUUGAUCAGGGCAACACAUAUCUAUAUAAACUAUCAAACAUUUAUCAACAAUACAUGUAUCAUGAUGGACAUGUGAUGUCUAGAAAUUAGCUAUGUUUUAUAUUGUUUAUUUACUUUUUUGUUAUUUUUUAUUUGUUUUCCGAAAAGGUAUCUCACUUUGUUUAAGGUCAAACAAAAUAAAUUCUUGUUUUUUAUGUGUUUGACAAAUAGAUGGUUUAAAAAUACCACUUUCACAUCAUUUAAAUUUUCCCUGUAUGAUAUUGUGCAGGUCACAUAUUUUAUGAAUAUAUUUAAUGGGAAAAAGUGUUCAUGUAUUCAUAAAUACAGUCAAAUAUUUUAUAACUGUGUUUAGAUUUUUUUUCUAAAAUAUCAACUGAGUAUCAAAUUUAAACUUCUACUUUCAGUAAAAUUGUAAAAACAAAAAUUCAGAAAUCUAUAUAUAUUGAUAAAAACAUUCAUCUCUUAACCAACAAUAUUGCUAUGUUUCUGUGAUAAAAAACAAAAUUUGUGAUAUUAUAUUUCAAUGGGCAUAUAUCUGAUAUUUAUAUUUUGAAAUAUUAUUCUAAAAAAAACAACGCUUACUGAAAUAUUGCUAGGUAACAUACAUUUUGUCUUCUUCAAAUAAUGUUAAAUACUGUUUUUGCAAAGUAUGG